UGAGUGUAACAUUGGUUUACACUCUUCUAGUUAAUUUGUCUACCACCAAAGCGACUGGAAUGGAUAAAAUUUCAGCUAAAAUUCUACAAGUAGCAGCUCCAGUUAUUGCACCUUCUCUUACUGAGAUUUUUAAUAUGUCAAUUGCUCGGAUCAAUUUCCUUCUGAUUGGAAAGCUGCAAGGGUUAUUCCAUUGUUUAAGAAAGGUCAGCGGUCCAUGUUGGACAACUAUAGACCGAUAUCAAUCCUUCCUGUAGCAAGUAAACUUAUGGAAAGAAUUAUGUAUGAUCAAAUGUAUGAGUAUCUUAACCAGAAUAAUCUUUUCCCAAAACACCAAUUUGGUUUCAGACCUUAUCAUUCCACAACUACUACAUUAUUGGAUUGUACGAACGAAUGGUAUACCAACAUGGACCGUGGGCUGUAUAACUUAGUUAUUUUUCUUGACCUAAAAAAGCAUUCGAUACAGUCGACCACGAAAUGCUGUUAAGUAAGUUUGAAAUGUAUGGUUUCCAAAGGAAAGCAUUAAAUCUUUUACGUUGCUAUUUGACGCACCGAACUCAAAGUUGUCAAUUGGCCAGUAUACUCUCGGUGGAGAAAGAAAUAAUUUGUGGCAUUCCUCAGGGAAGUAUACUCGGCCCUCUCUUAUUUAUUAUGUAUAUAAAUGAUUUGCCAAGCUGCCUAGAACGCACAACUCCAAGAAUGUUUGCUGAUGAUACUAACUUAACCGCAGUAGGCAGAACAAUUAGUGAGGCGGAAGAGAGGGCGAGCGUAGACAUGAGGAAUGUUCAGAAAUGGCUUUGUGCAAAUAAACUAAGUCUAAAUAUAGUGAAAACCGAGUAUGCUUUAAUUGGAACACGACAUAAAAUAAGUAAUAUUGAUACCCAUCAAGGAGUUAAAAUAAAUAAUCAAUUGAUUAAAAAAGUUAAAAAUACCAAAGCUCUUGGAGUUGAAUUAGACGAAAACUUGAGUUGGGAAAAACACAUUAACCAUAUUAGCAGUAAAAUAUCAUCAGGUAUUGGGGCUAUUAGAAAAAUGAGGGAGUAUGUCGAACAAGACAUUUUGAUAAAAGUUUAUAAUGCCUUAAUCCAACCUUAUUUUGAUUAUUGCUGUGAAGUAUGGGAUACACUUAAUAAAGGCCUAAGCGAACGUCUACAGAAAUUCCAAAACAGAGCGGCUAGGUUGAUCAUGAACUUAAAAAAUGAACAUGGUCAGUCUAUUUUGGCACGAAAAUCUCUAGGCUGGGUAACACUUGAAAAGCGUAGGGCACAAAUGAAAGCCAGGCUCAUGUACAAGACAGUUAAUGGUUUAGCCCCCCAACGACUAUGCGAAGCUUUACAAAAUCUGAAUACCAUUCAUGACCAUAAUCUGAGAGGUUCUUCAACAAGGUUUUAUAUUCCAAGACCAAAAACGGAAUCCUUAAAAAAAAGCUUCCAAUAUAGUGGGGCUAAACUAUGGAAUCAGAUACCUGAAGAGAUACGCAAUUCGGUAUCGUAUAAUUCGUUCUGUAAAAAGCUAUCUUCCUCGACCUUAAUCUCGACUUAAAGUAGUAGUUAAUUUUUUGUCUAAAUAGGUAUAUAAUUGUAUUGGUUAUGUAUGUAAUAUUAGAGCUAGUAUAUAUAUAUAAUAAUUUGUAAGUACACAUCCCUUUUGGAAAUCAGCUUUUGCUGAAAAGGCCAAUGUGUUUAAAUAAAGUUGAUCUAUCUAUCUAAAUAGAACAAAUGAGAUUUCUAAUUAAUGAUCAAUAUGUCAUAGUUUUCAAAAAAAUGUCUCUGCAACCUUGGAGCUAAAUAGUUUUGACCAUAUAUUUAUCAGUUUUAUUGUGGAGUCCAUUCUUUUAUAAUAACAUUCAUAAAAAAAUUCUCAAUUCUGAAUGGCUAAGAGCAGUUCAAUGUUUUCUAAAUACAGUGCCAAAAACUUAAAUAGCCUACAGUGCAAAUUUCAUUAACUAUAACAUGCAGCCAUUUCUAUAUAUGUUGCAGAAAACAAUACAAAUUAAAACCUAAACAUUUAAAAAUGACAAAAAAUUAAUGGCUGGCGUGUUUAGUAGAUUUUCUAUUAAAAUUAUUUAGCUAUAUUAAAAUUAACUAUUUCGCAUGUGACCUACGCACGCAUGGUGAUAGCAUAUUUUUUCAUGUAUAUUAUUAAUAAUUAAUAUUAUUACAUAUCAAUAGUCAAAGUCGCAUUUCUCUAGUGUUUUGUUUGUUGCGAGCAUAUCACGUGACUGUGACGAAAUUAGGCUGUCUCCCUCGCAACAGCGCGAGAGGGAGAUAAUAGAGAGUUUAAGAUACCCCGGUUCCGGUUUACGGGUACGGGUGAUACACCCAUACCCGUACCCGUAAACCGAGUUCCGGUUUGCGACUUAAGAGCCCCGAUACAUUUCGGGCUACAAGUACCGAGCGGAGAAUGGUAACUAUUAAACUAUAUAAAGCACAUAAACAAUCAAAAUGGCGGCUGCUCGUGAAAGGUUAGUUGGUUUGUACCUUUGUUUUCUUUGUCAUUUUGUUGUUUUCGUACGACAAUUUCACCGGCUUAAUAUUUUAAGAUGAUUGAAUGACUCAUUAAACUUUUUCUAGGAGAGUUACAGAUGAUUUAUUGCUUUGCCUCGUAGCAGAGUCUGACGAAGAAGUUAUCGAUGAAGACAGCGAUAUUGAAAUUUUGUUAGCAUUUUCAUUAUUCAAGGAACAUUCGUUGUUGAGGUUCACUAUAGACCUGGAAAAAAUUGAUGAUCAAGUGUGCAUUGAUUUAUUUAGGUAAGAUGUUGAACUUGAAGUUAUUCGCUACUGUUUAUAUUAAAACCUCUAGCUCCAAAUAUGAAAUAUUGAACACAUCAUUACACAUGCAGUAGUAAUUAAAAUUGUAUUCUUGCAUUAAAAUAAUAAAAUUGUUUCACUGACAGAUUUACGAAGAAGAUAUUUACCUUUUGGCACAUCAUUUAUUUAUUCCGGAAUCGUACCGAUGCACAAAUGGUACCGUAGCUGGUGGUAUGGAGGCAUUACUAUUGCUGCUCAGACGACUGACAUAUCCAAAUCGACUGUUGGAUCUUUGCCAACUAUUUGGAAGACCUGAGCCUGAAUUGAGUAUGAUUGCUCAUGAGGUACAUUCAUACAGACCUGAUUAUAUAAUAUAUUUAGUAGUGUUACUGAAAUUCAUUGGUUAAAUUUAGGAAUGGCUGAUAUAUAUGAUUAGUAUUUUUGCACAAGUGAAUAUAACAAAUCCUACAAGUUGAUUGGUCAAAUUUUACGUAUUAAGCUGUUAUAUUCACCUACAUGUGAAUAUAACAAAAGCGAAAUUUGGAAAAUGGCGGCUAGCCGUUUUGUGGAAGUGAUUGGUUAUUAAAUAAUAAAUAAUGGAAUAUAAAAUAAAUCCAGUCUCCCCAAAAAUGCAAAAGACUUGUGUAAAAAUACUAAAACAAUUAGUCACCUCAGGCUUGGUGAUUAUCGGGAAUAUUCACCUUGAUUUUGUCUUGGUGAAUAUUCCCCAAUAAUCACUGAGCCUUUGGCAAAUAAGUGUUAAAUAUUGUUGGGUUUCAUUUUAGGAUCAUGUGAUUGCAUUAAUUAUAUACCAUUGUCAAAUAGAAAUCAUUUUGCCUUACACUAUAGUCCAGCCAGCCAUUUCUCCCAUUUCUAUAUCCAUCAUUCCAUCUCCAGGUUUUGUAUUCUCAGGGGUUGGGUUAGGUCUGUGAUUGCAGCAACCUCAACUUUAUUACCCAUACUGUAUAUUUUUGUAUAGAUACUCAAUGAUAUAUACAAUCGCUUCCGACACUUGCUUGAAGAGCUUAACCAGAACUGGAUUGAUCCACAGCUGUUUUCUGAUGUCAUCCAUGCUGUUGGAGGUCCGCUAAAAAAUUGUUGGGGGUUCAUUGAUGGAAUCUUGCGACCAUGCUGCAGACCUGUUCUCAAUCAGAGAAUUCUAUUCUCAGGUCACAAGCGCAUACAUGGUCUAAAAUUUCAGGUGUGUUUACAAUUCUAAGGAAGAAGAACUGUUCCUUUACCAUUAAGUCAUAAUGAACUCAACUGCACCCUACUUUAUUGUUUUACUCUGUCUAGUUUUGCACUUUAAUAGAUAACUUCAAUUUUAUUUUACUUGACACAAAUUUCUCUUUAGAGUGAUGUUUGCCCUAAUGGACUAAUUGCUAACCUGUAUGGCCCUGUAGCAGGAAAACAUCAUGAUGCCUUUAUGCUCCAUGAAAGUAAUUUACUGCAGAAGCUAGAAGAGAAAUUUAGACCACCCCACGUAUUUGCCUUGUAUGGGGAUCCAGCUUACCCUCUCCGCAUGCAUAUACUUGCACCAUACAGAGGAGCAGUAGUUACAAGAGACCAGCAAUUGUUCAACAAGAGAAUGAGUAAAGUGCGUGUAUCUGUCGAAUGAGCAUUUGGCAAAGUGGUGCAAUACUUUGCAUUUCUUGAUUUUAGGAAGAAUCUUAAAGUGGUUCUACAGCCAAUUGGAAAGUACUAUGCUGUUGGUGUAAUUCUAGCCAACUGUCAUCCUUGUCUUUAUGGCAGUACAACAUCAAGCUUUUUUGAACUCCCUCCCCCUGAUCUUCAGACAUAUUUACAUAACUAA